UGUGAUCUUCUUUGUUUUUGCCUGCAGGUUCCGCGGUGUGCAUCCUCGAAACACAUUCCACUGCCGUCUCGAACAAGAUCCGCGGUCUGGCACGCAUGGUUCAGGUGUCGUCCAAUAUGACCCUGGUGGAUCUGACGAUCAAUGGCCUCGCCCCGGGCAAGUACGUGGCGACCGUGCGCGAGGCGGGCGAUAUCUCGCAAGGUGCGGCGUCGACGGGAGGCAUCUGGGAGGCCGUCAAGGCCAAGGUAUUGGGCUCGACAGAGCCCACCAAGGAACCACGUGGGGUCUUUGGGUCAGUGGAGGUUGACGAAAAGGGACGAGGCAAUGUCUUUUUGGAUCGACCGGUCGCGAUCUGGGAGAUGAUUGGCCGCAGUAUGGUGGUGUCAAAGAAUGCUGAGGGCCCCUUUGAUCGGGAAGACUCGAACACAUUGGUUGGGGUCAUCGCUCGUAGCGCGGGGGUGUGGGAUAACGACAAGAUGGUCUGUUCCUGCUCCGGUAAGAACGUUUGGCAGGAGCGGCAGGAGCAGGUCUCCCAGGGAAUGGUAUAGAGGGAUCUGAUAAUGGCGGGUUUGGCAGGAAAUCUGGUGUGAUUUGACUACAUCAGAGGGCAUAAAGCCGUUCUAUGUAUAGCACAGAGAAGGAGGGGGGUGGGGUCACCGUGAAAUUGCUUGUGCAUGGGCAAUUCGAUCGACAAGUGUUACUACUACUCCUAUCAGAGAU